GCCGCUGGGGGCGCAGCGGGGAGGCCGCCAGCCGCCCCAGCCCCGGCCAACAUGGCGGCGCGGCGGCCCCGCUCCGCCUCAGAGCACGACAGUGACGAUGACUCCUACGAAGUGCUGGAUUUGACGGAAUACGCUCGGCGUCACCACUGGUGGAACCGCUUGUUCGGCCGCAGCUCGGGGCCCAUUGUAGAGAAAUACUCUGUGGCCACCCAGAUUGUCAUGGGAGGUGUGACUGGCUGGUGUGCGGGAUUUUUGUUCCAGAAGGUCGGAAAGCUUGCAGCAACUGCAGUAGGUGGUGGCUUUCUCCUGCUUCAAAUUGCUAGUCAUAGUGGGUAUGUACAAGUUGACUGGAAGAGAGUUGAAAAAGAUGUAAACAAAGCAAAGAAACAGUUAAAAAAGCGUGCAAAUAAAGCAGCUCCUGAAAUCAACACUCUCAUUGAAGAGUCAACAGAGUUUAUCAAGCAGAACAUCGUGGUGUCCAGUGGCUUUGUUGGAGGCUUUUUGUUGGGGCUGGCAUCGUAAGGAGCCGGGCGUCUCUUCCCGAUGGGAUCCGUGUCAGCCAGGAUCACUUGUGACACGCUGUCUGCCAGCAGUGUGGCUCACUGGGCCUGCCAGAGCAACACAGGAGGACUAGCUAGACAACUUGGGAGCUUUUACAUUUCAGGCUUUUGCCUCUUGAGGCUUGGUAAAACUAGGAUUUGCUGAAAAACUGUGCAGUGUGCUCAUUUAUAGCGUUUCUGGGCAAAACUGGUUCAUCCUCAUCAUGUCUCUUUUUAUCUAUGGCCUUUCAAGAUCUAGCAUUUUUUAAAAUGUUAUUCUUGGAAUAUAGCUGUGUAACCAUACUAUAAGAAUGAAAGCUCCAUUUUUAUGUUUUCAGUUAAAUACUGUUUAUUUAAAAAGUAUUUUUCUUCAUGCUGUAGUAGGUAGUAUCAAUGACUACACACUGUAUAUGAUAUUGUGGUUUCAGCCUCUUGGCUGUCCAUCUUCUUUAGAAGUCACUGCAAUAAUCUGUAAUACCUUUUUACAGAGUAUUAAAUAACAAAGAAUCAUGAGCUUAUUAAAGGUGAAAAUUAACUUUG